UAAAUACCGGUUUGGCCACGCGCUUUUAGCAUGCGGUCCUGAGGUAACGCAGCAGCCUCGUGGAGCAACAAACUCACUAACAAGGACACUUUGGUUUCAGUGAUUGUCAUUAAAGCCAUUAGCCGUAAAGAUGAUGAACGGUUUUCACAACGCACUUAUCGAUGAAGACUACUUCCUCUUCACAUCAGAAUCCGUAGGAGAGGGACAUCCAGAUAAGAUCUGCGACCAGAUCAGUGAUGCAGUCUUGGAUGCCCACCUCAAGCAGGACCCUGAUGCCAAAGUGGCCUGUGAGACUGUUGCAAAGACUGGCAUGAUUCUUCUGGCUGGAGAGGUGACAUCACACGCUAACGUUGAUUACCAGAAGAUUGUCAGGGAUACAAUCAAGCACAUCGGCUACGAUGACUCCACGAAAGGCUUUGAUUACAAGACCUGUAAUGUCCUGGUGGCUCUGGAGCAGCAGUCCCCAGACAUCGCACAGGGCGUUCACCUGGACCGCAACGAGGUGGAUGUAGGAGCAGGAGACCAGGGCCUGAUGUUUGGCUAUGCCUCAGAUGAGACUGAGGAGUGUAUGCCACUCACCAUUGUCCUCGCCCACAAACUCAAUGCCAAGAUGUCUGAAUUGCGGCGCAAUGGAACUCUGCCCUGGUUGAGACCUGACACCAAGACUCAGGUGACUGUCCAGUACCGACAGGACCGCGGGGCGAUGUUGCCAGUGCGCGUCCACACCAUUGUGGUCUCUGCGCAGCACGACGACGACAUCUGUGUGGACGAGAUGCGUGACGCACUGAAGGAGAAGGUCAUCAAGGCUGUGGUGCCCUGCAUGUAUCUCGACGACGACACCAUUUACCACCUGCAGCCCAGCGGCCGCUUCGUUAUUGGGGGUCCCCAGGGUGAUGCAGGGCUGACGGGCCGUAAGAUCAUCGUGGACACUUACGGGGGCUGGGGGGCACAUGGAGGUGGUGCCUUCUCAGGGAAGGACUACACCAAAGUGGACCGCAGCGCCGCCUAUGCAGCCCGCUGGGUCGCCAAGAGCCUCGUCAAAGCUGGACUUUGCAGACGCGUGCUGGUGCAGGUGGCUUAUGCCAUUGGAGUGGCCCACCCACUCUCCAUCUCCAUCUUCCAUUAUGGCACCUCCCAGAAGACCGAGAGGGAACUGCUUGAUAUUGUUAAGAAGAACUUUGACCUCCGACCUGGAGUUAUUGUCAGGGAUCUGGAGUUGAGGAGGCCCAUCUACCAGCGCACAGCAGUAUAUGGACACUUUGGACGGGAGUCCUUCACAUGGGAGCAGCCUAAGAAGCUCCAAUACUAAAAUGCACCCAUCACACACACACACAGCAUCCUUGUAUGCCUGCUGGUGUAACUACAGAGAAGCCACAGGCCUCAAGGGUGUGACGCACACAUGGGCAAACACACACACACACACACACACUCACUCUCUUAUUUACAUUCUCUAUGUAACAGAGGUCCUUUCCACUAUGUCUUAGUGCCAGGAGUGACCUGUUUAACUGUUGAGAUGCAAGCCUUCCUGUAGCUCUUGUUUUACAGUCAACAGCUUUUGGUGCUCAAGUAUCAAGAUUUUGUUUUUAGGAUUUUAAUUUUUUAUUACUUUUUAUUUGUUUUAAGUGCCUACUCUAAGGUGUCCAUGUCAUAUUCAGUAUAUUUUGUGGAGAUCUUCUGUCAUAGAGCCACAUUUUGUGUUAGUGUCAACUCUAGGUCCCACAUUCUCAGUCAGACCAAACACGGUCUCUCUCACACACUCCAGACAGACCAAACAAUAUGACUGUUAACUCCUGAGUUACUGUCACUCAUCUAAGUGAAAAUAACAAUUUGUACUCCAUAUGUGUGCACAUAAUAUGGAGGGAUCAACCUGAAGUUUCUCUAGUUUAAGCUUUUUAAUCCAUCAUAUUUAUUAACACUGAGAUUAAACCUAUUUUUCAUACCCCCCAUAGAAAUACACACACCCAUGAGGAUGGUGGUGAAUGGUUGAAUGAUUGUGUCUCGGUGGGCAUGUGAGGGCCCAGAGUGUGGUACAGAAAAGCUCAUGGCUCCCCUCCAUGCCCACAGGCUGCUGGGCAGGUCCCCUGUCAUAACUCUGCUCCGCUUCCUCCAGCACUAGUGGCAAGGAGAGGCAAAGUCUGGCUGGUGUUGUACAGAGAAACCAGCCUCGUUUACAAGCCUCCCUGGUCUCCACUUUUGCAUGGAUGGAUGAAUGGACGUGGAGGAACUUGUAUUCCUUUUCCAUUUUUAAACUCUCUUUUUGCCAUUAAAGAGAUCUACAAUGA